AUGAUUUUUAAUAAAUUUUUUAAAAAAAAAAUUGAACUUGAAGUAGAUUUGUAUGUCUUAAAAAACGAUGAGUCCAUACCCCUUGUACUAGAUGCAAAGUUAUGUGUUAAAAAAAAUGAAAUAUUAAUAUACAAUAAUUCUAAAAAAUAUAUAUUUUAUGAAGAUUAUAUUCAUAAUUUUAAAUAUCAUGAAAUGGAUAUGUGCCAAUUUAAAUAUUUACGUCAUAAUGUAGUUGAAGAGUAUGGUUUAGUUUUUUCAGAUAUAAGUAAUAUGUAUUAUUUUUAUAAGUACAUUAUGUUCACAUAUAUAAAAGGAAAUAUUAUUCUAUAUAAAGAUGUCAAUUUAUAUAAAUAUAAAGAACCAAAUAAUGUAUUGUAUAAAAAAAAUUACUAUGGUAUUUUAAUAUUUAACACUGCUAAAUGUGAGCAUUUAUUAAUUAUUGUAAAAUCAAAUAGAGUAAAAUUUGAUGAAGAUAAUGAGAAAGAUGCUUUAUUAAAUAAAAAUAAUGACACGGAAAAUAUAGAAAAAGUAGAAAAAGAAAAAAUAAAAGAUAUAGAAAGUGAAAAAUAUUACAAAGAAUUUACUAUAGAAAAUAUAAAAGAAUUAUAUAAAAGAAACAAAGUAUUUUUAAUAUAUAUUUUAAACUCCUUUAAUGAUAUUUAUUUGAGUAGCGAAUAUGUGGGAAUUCAUGCAAAAAAAUAUUUAUUUAAAAAUCUUUUUAAAUUUAUAGAAUACAAAACUUUAUAUCUUGAUGGUGACACUUAUAAAAAAUAUUAUAUCAAGAGUGAUAACAAUAAAAAAAAUGAAAACAAAAAAAUACAAAAUAAAUUAAGUAAUAAUAAUAAUAAUAAAGAUGAAAUUAGUGAAGACAAUUUAAUGAAUAAUAUUUCUAUCAAUGAUGAAGACAUGGAACAUAUUUUAAAUGAAGAUUUCGAAAGUAUAGAUAAAAAAAUAAAAGAAGAGAUGGAUAAUAUCAAAAUAAAAAAAGAAAAUAAAAAAAAAAACAAAAAUUCUAAAAAUGAAAUUGAUGAAUUAAAAGAACAAAAGAAUGAAGAAAAUAAUAAUGCAGAUGAUAAAAAAAAAAAAGGGGAAGAUGAUAUAUCAUUAAAAUUAAAUAAAUUAAAUAAAAAAAUAUUAAUCAUUCUUGAUUCAGAUACUAUACUAAUUGAUUACAUUAAAAAAAUAUUAAUUUAUAGAUGUGAUUUUAAAAAUGAUAUUGUAAACAUAAAACAAGAUUAUAUAGAUGCACAUACAAAGUGUCAAAAUGAUAAUGAAGAAAAAAUAUAUUACGAAUUAAAUGAUGAUGAAACAAAUAAAAAAAAAAAUUAUGUUUUAUUAUCUGAUUCGGAAGAAAGUGAUAAUUUAAAUGACCAAGAUGAUUCUGAUAUGAAAUAUAAAUAUUUAAAUACAACUGGAAAGUUUUCUUUUGUUAUAAGACAAAAUUAUAUACCUGAAAAACGAAAAGUGUUAAUGCAUAAAAACGAAAAAAGAGAAAAUAAUGUAAAUUAUUUUGAUAAUAUAAAUAAUGACUUAAAUAUAUACAAAUUUGAUGAAUACGGAAAGGAAAAAAAGAUAUAUAAUUCUAAUAAGGAUUUAUUUAAAUAUAAAAAUGAGAAAUGCAUACCAAAAAAUUUUCAUGUUAAUGAUAAUGAAGGAAAUAAAAUGGUUUUUCUCGAUGAAAAAAAUGAAAAUAAUAUAUUUAUGAUAGAUGUAAACACAGAGAAAAUUGUGGAAAAAUGGGAUACAGAAUACAUACCAGUAGCAAAAUUAUUAAAAAAGGAAGAAAAUAUUUAUUGUGGUUAUAAUAAAAAUAGUUUAUAUUAUGUUGAUACAAGAAUGAAAUCAUGUAUUCAAAACUUAUUACAAUAUAAUAAAAAUGCAUCGAAUAUCGAACAUGCUAGUAUAGAUGAAAAAGGAAGAAUAAUCUUAACGAAUUCACAAGGGGAAUUAAAAUAUUAUGAUGGAAAAUUAAAUAAUAGCAAUGUAAUCAAAAGAAGCAAAAAUGUUGUUUUUUGUGCGAAUGAUAUUGUUCAUUUAACUGCGUCAUCAGAUGGUUUAUAUUCAGUCAUUACUUGUGAAAAAAAUGUAAUAAUUUGUGAAAAUACUAUUGAAAAUAAUACUCUAUUUGAAGUAGUUAUUAAAAAAUGUGAUAGAAUAAAACAAAAGAAAAUACUUUUGCAAAUUCAUUAUGUUGAUGUUUUUACAUAUAACUUAGGUGAUUAUAAAUUCAUUAAGAGUAUUGUAAAUCAUGAUAAUUCAUUUAUCUUUACGCUAUCACAAAAUUUUUACGUUGUAUGGAAUUUUAAGCAAGCUAUGAAUGAAAAUAUUUCUUAUAUUAUUAAAAAAGUUAAUGAAAAUAUUUCAGAUAUUUCCUUUUUUAAUGUCAAUAAUAUUCAAGGUAUUAUCAUGGCAACCGAAAAUUCAUUAAAAUCUAAAAAAAUUAAAAAUACCUAA